GUGGAAAAAAUCGAAUGCAAAAAUCAUUUAUUAAGAAAUUUUUGUAACAAGCUGCGGCAAAUCGCUACUACCGGCAAUAAGAUCAAAAACACUGUUCAGCUUCGCAAGAAGAUUGCCGAGAAAAUAAUGAAUUUUAGAACGGCGGCGUCGAAGGCAGCGGACUAUAGAAGGAAGCAGGACGGAUCAAUGGAAGAUAAGGUGAAGAACCUCAGAAUGGAUCUCAUGAACAUUCCCAGCCACGAAUUCGGGGAGCACUCACAUUGCUUGGACAGAGGCUAUUUUUGCGCUGCUGAGCCUGGAUCUGAUCCUGCGAACCUUGUUCCUGCACUGACCGCUUCGGGACUGUACGCAUUGUUGAUCGAGGAAGUGAAAAACCUAAGCCGACACAGUCGCAGCCUUAUCGCCAACGUGACCAGCAACCCUGCGGAACAUUACAAUUCCAUAGUCGCCAAGUACAUCGGCGGCAAGCGCAUCAACUUCGCACUUCGGGGGUCAUAUCAGGGCCGUUGUUCUGGCGCAGUUCUCCAGUACAACUCGGGGAACACGCACUAUCUCCUCCACAAAAAGAUGUGCGAGUCAAGCCCUGGAAUAUAUUCUAAAAGCACAGGUAUUAAGAGGAAAAGGAAGGUCGAUAGACAGAAAGGAAAAAAACGGUCCAGGAAAUGUCUGUUUCGAUCUUCUAACAAACCAGAUGAAGAUUAUGGACCUGCUGCACAGAAACCUGACCUCGAGGAAGACCUCAUGGCCGAGGAGACUGACGAGUUCAUGCGAAGCCUCCAAAAAACUGAAGAGGAACGCAAAAAGUUGGAACGGGAGACUGUGGAGCAGAGCAACAGUGGCGUGUGGCUGCAGACUAGGAGGAAUCUUCUGACAGCAUCCAACUACGGAAGAGUCUGCAAGAUGAAGCCUACAACAGGCUGCGGUCCAUUCGUCAAGCAGCUGCUCUACUCCACCUUCGACUGCGAGGCGAUGGCGUAUGGUAGGAGUCACGAGGACACCGCCCGGCAACACCUCGAGCGGGAGCUAGAGACGACUAUCCAGCCCUGCGGACUCUUCAUACAUCCACAAAAGAUGUUCUUGGGAGCCACACCUGACGGUCUGUUAGGUGCGGAUGGUCUCGUAGAGAUCAAAUGCCCAUCCUCCGCCAAGAAUAUGACUCCGGAUGAAGCCAUCAUAUCCCGAAAAGUGACCUUCUGGAAGUCUCAGGACGGCAAAAUCGGUGACAUCAACAGAACUCAUAACUAUUACUACCAAGUCCAAGGACAAUUGGGUGUAACCGGUCGUGAGUUCUGUGUUUUUGCUCUCUGGACGCCGAAAGGACUGAAGACAGAAAAAAUUAAAAGAGACGACGAGUUUUGGAACAGUAUGAUUAUUAAACUUGAAAGAUUUUACAUGAACUGUGUAGUUCCAGAAAUCGUGGACCCACGUCAUCGAAGGUCGAUGCCCAUUCGAAAUCCUAUGUAUAUAAUAGAGGCACAGGAUAAGGCAAAGUCUAAAAAAAACAGCCAGAGCCAGAUUGAACCUUCAAAUGGCUUUGAAACGUAAAAAUAGGUAC